AAUAAUACCAUGGCCACGGUAACCGAAGACCGAGUAAUGGAUCUAAGAGCGGAAAUUGAAAGACUUUCACGUGAGCUUGACCUUGCGUCGACCGAAAAAAUUCAAUCAGCACAAUAUGGGCUUGCUCUUUUGGAGGAAAAGUCUGCGUUGGAGCAAAAAUGUAAUGAGCUUGAAGCACUCUACGAGAAUACCAAGCAUGAGCUUGAUAUUACACAAGAGGCUCUAGCUAAAUUUCAAAACACAACGAAAUUGACAACCAGAAGUGGUAUCGAGCAGGAAGAAAGCCUUUUAUGUGAAUCAGCGGCACGUGAAACAUCACUACAAUCGUUGAUAAUUGAAUUAGAGAAUGAAACAAAACAAUUAAGGCACGAAUUAGAACGAGUACAGGUAGAACGUGAUCACGCGUUGCAAGAACGCGAAGAUGUGGGUAAAAAUCAUGAGCAAGCUGAAGUUGAACGUAAAAAUUUACGAACUGAAUUACGAGAGUGCCGAUUUCGUGAGACAAGAUUGCUCCAGGAUUAUACAGAGCUUGAGGAUGAAAAUAUAUCCUUGCAAAAGCAAGUAUCAACCCUGAGGUCCAGUCAAGUUGAUUUUGAAAGUGCGAAGCAUGAGAUACGCAGGCUGAGCGAGGAAGUCGAGCUGCUGAACAGUCAAGUUGAGGAGCUGUCUAACUUGAAAAAAAUAGCGGAGAAACAGAUGGAGGAGGCACUGGAAUCACUCCAAGCUGAGCGAGAGGCCAAGUAUUCGCUUAAAAAAGAGUUGGACCAACGUAUGAAUAGCGAGUCUAUUUUUAAUUUGAGUAAUUUCGCCCUCAUACGCGGUAUAACUGAUGAUCAGACGAUAUGCAGUGAUGGAGAAGACGAUUCUCCGGCGCUCAGACGGAUUGAGGCUGACUUAAAAACUCAAGAACCCGGGACAUCUGCUGCUGGUAAACAAGUUGAUUUGUUUUCGGAAAUUCACUUGAACGAGCUGAAAAAACUGGAAAAACAACUUGAACUAGCGGAAUCGGAAAAGAGUGUGUUGUCACAGAAUUUAAAAGACAGCCAGCAUGCUGUUGAAAAAAGUCAGGGGGAAUUACAAUCAUUUGUUGCUAGAAUUGUUCAGUUAGCGGCUCGUGUUCAGUCGCUUCAGCAUUUACACUCUAAACUUCCGGAAAAACAAACUGAGGAAACGGCCAUCGAUAAACUCACUCAAGCUGUUAUGCAGUACCAUCAAUGGAGCACAAUGUCUGCACGAGAAGUUGAGCAGUUGCAGAAAGACCUAGCUGAACUUGAAGACAAUUUAACUGUUUCUGACGCAACCCAGCAAUUGCGAAUGGAAUUAACAAACCUCCGUAACAAGCUACUGGAUACUGAGCAUCGGAAUUCUCAGCUUGAAUCGGACAUUGAAAUUCUUUCAAAGCUGGCUUGUGAGGCUGGAGGGUGUCUAGACACGGCUCAGAAUGAUCUUCAGAAUAUUUCUGACGAGCUGGCUCAGCUUUACCACCACGUUUGCGCGGUAAAUGGCGAGACACCUUCACGAGUAAUACUCGAUCAUGAGAAAAUAGUUCCUGAGAAAGAAGAGAGUGAGGAUAAUGGAAAAAUUGAAUGGUUUAGAACACUUUCCAAAACAGAUUUGCCUAUCAAAGAUCUCAAGAGUCUUAGUAAAGCUAAAGAAAUCGCCGGCAAUGAAAAUAAAGCAGACGAAGGAGAUCUGCAGGAGCAGGUAAUAAAAUUAAAGGCGUUGUUAUCAGCUAAACGAGAACAGAUAGCAACUUUAAGAACAGUACUAAAAUCAAAUAAAAAUACCGCUGAAGUUGCGUUGACCAAUUUGAAGAGCAAGUACGAAAGUGAAAAGAGUAUCGUCAGCGAAACUAUUUCCAAGCUAAGGAACGAACUUAGACGGCUGAAAGAAAAUGCAGCGACAUUUUCAAGUCUGCGAGCAAUGUUUGCUGCGCGAUGUGAGGAAUAUGUAACACAAGUUGAGGAAUUGCAACGUCAACUGACUGCUGCCGAGGAGGAUAGGAAAACGCUCAAUCACUUGCUACGUCUCGCAGUUCAACAAAAGCUAGGACUUACUAUGAAAUUAGAGGAAUUGGAGGUUGACCGCGAAUUGAGAAAUAGUCGUAGACAUGGCGGAAGUGGCGGUGGUGGACGUGGCCGUGCUCCUCGCAUGCAACAGACGCACCGUCCUCAUAUGGGUAGAGAUUUUUUCUAG